AAAAUCACUAAAGUUUAUUAAAAUAAAAACUCAUUUAAAAUAUAUUAAUAAUAAAUAAAUUACAAUAAAAAGAACGAUGACCAGCGGUCGUUUUAAUUUAAAUGGUGAGGCUAGCGAUAGUGAACAAAAUUCUGCCUCAACUUCAUCAGCAGCAGCCACAACAGCAACAAAUACAACAGGUAGUGUAGCCAGUGUUGGUAGCACAGUAAGUGGCGGAACAACAGAAGUAAGAGAAAACGAAAAAAUCAGAACAUUUGUCUUCACCAGUCGAGGCAGCUCAUCAUCCCUACAAAGAAGUGAUAGAACACAUCAAUCUGCAGCCGAAGUGCAUCUAGAAGAAUUAGAAAUUAAAAUACCAGAGCUUUUACAAAGCGGUUAUUCCUUUUACACGUGGACUUGUGCUCCUAUUUUAGCUUGGUUCUUGUGGGAACGUCGUCAUUCGUUGGUGGGCAAACGUAUUUUAGAACUAGGAGCUGGUACUGCUUUACCCGGCAUAUUGGCAGCAAAGUGUGGUGCUCAAGUGAUCUUAAGUGAUAAUUGCAUAUUACCCAAAUCUCUCAAUCAUAUACGAAGAUCUUGUGCGGUUAAUAAUUUACAACCGGGUCAAGAUAUUGAAGUGAUCGGUUUAAGUUGGGGUCUCUUAUUGAACAGCGUAUUUUCUUUGGGUCCUUUGGAUUUGAUUAUUGCCGCCGAUUGCUUUUACGAUCCCAGUGUAUUUGAAGACAUCAUUGUAACAGUGUCAUUUCUUUUGGAACGCAAUCCCUCAGCAAAAUUCAUAGUCACCUACCAAGAACGCAGUGCGGAUUGGUCUAUUGAAGCUUUGCUCAAGAAGUGGAAACUUUGUGCUUUACAAAUUAACAGCGACGAUAUUGGUAAAGCCUCUGGUGUGGAUUUAUUAGAAAUUUUAGGUGGCCACACUAUACAUUUAAUAGAAAUAAGUAGAGAAGUUUAA